AUGUCGCCAAUGAAACAGAGUAAUAAUUAUGACAGUAGUAAUUAUGGCGAGAGCGUCAUCCCCAACGUUCUCGCCACUUGCUACAUUGUUGACGCCAUGGGGUCCCUGAAGGGACUCCACUACUGCUCUACCGGGGCCAACGGACUACCUUCACCUCCCUCAAGUCCCCCCCUCGUCGCCAUAACCUCGUCUAACGAGCUUGCCAUCCUGCCCAAGGACAGGAGCAAGGCCCGCGACAUCCCCGGAAGGCGGAUGCGCAGCAGACGAGGGGGGGCAACCCAUCUGAUCAGGGAAGAAUGUGUGAGAUUCUUCUGCGAGACUAUGAGGGCCGUGUUCUGCGGUGAGAGGAACUCGGUCGAUAAUGGCUCCGGCUUGAUGGAUGUGGAUUCUUUGGCCACCCCGCCCGAUAACAGGUUCAGCCUGCUGCACGAUGACCGUGCACGCCGGCCUACCGCCUUCUCGGGCGGCGGUGCCGUUUCCAUCUCGGCUUGGGCCGAGGUGUACGAUUACGUUGGCGGCACGAGCUAUCGUGCUUUCGUCGCCGACCACAACAACGAGAAGACGCUUUUCGCGUUCCUGGAUAGCAGUCUUGUCGACAUGGAAUUGAAGCAAGGUCUUAUGGCCCUCAUCGAACUCGCCGAAUCAGCUCUCGGCUGCGAGCGCAUCGUCAUCUGCAUCGAUCGUGACAUCUCCCGUAGCCAAGCUCAGGGCCUCCUCAAGAGCUUCCGUUGGGUUGGAUUCGACCUCGUAACUCUUGACUUCCUCGCCAACGACCUUGACGUGACAAGCGAGAAAUGGCUUUUCAUGGGCAUGGAGGUCUAG